CUAAACGUUCAAGAUUUGACCACUCUUAAAGCUCCUUUGGAGAUCCCUAUUCCAGACCCCACCCCACCCCAAGAAGACAAGAUGGUUACAGAAAAAGAGGAAAGGGAAGCUUCAAAAUGUGCUACCUUGAAAGGAAACGAGGUUCUCAUUUCACUUCUGGAUCGUGUGAAACCUGAAAUUUGUGAGUUUAAAGAAAAAUGCAUUUUGGUCACAAUCUGGAUCCAGUUCAUGAUCCCCAAAAUUGAGGAUGGCAAUGACUAGGUGGUGGUUCAGGAGAAAGUGCUGGAACAUAUCACAGCUCUCAAGAUCAAGACUGAAGCUUCAACCACCAUUGCUAAAUAUUUUCUGGAGUGUGGAGAUGCAGUUGCCAAGGCCUUCAAAGACACUCACAUGAUGGACUACCUGUGUUUGGUUCACGAACAUGAUGAAGCCAUUUACCAAGAAAUGCAGAUCAUGUUGCUUGAUAUCCAUGGAUUUUAUACUGAGCUGUACCACAUUCUAAGCAAAAGCCUGGAGACAUUGACCAAUCCAAAGGGCAAAGAGAAGCUGUCCAUGUACUAA